UUUCCUUCUCUUUCUCUUUUUUUUCAUUCUAUACAUCUUUUUUUUUUCUCUCUUUAUUUUUUUUUUAGUUAAGCAAUAUCUUCUUUAUAGGAGUUUUUUCACUAUUAAAAUUAUUUAUCAACCAUAACAAUAAUAGUAACGAGUUUUACAUAUAUUUAAAUUGUAUUAUACUUUUAUAACCAUCGAAAUAUAAUCACAUCCACCUUUAUUCAACUUAAGUUAAGAACCCAUUUACUUGCUGUUUCUUAAAAGUUUUUCCCACCAUAUAAACUACGACAAGAUGAAUUUUGCAUCAAAGAGAAAAAGAGAUGAAGUUGAACCUGAUACUAAAAAGAUUAAAAAUUUCAUAAAUGAACAAGAUAAACAAGAAUAUACUACUUCAAAUGAAUGGCCUAUUUAUUCUCAUCCUGAAGGUGGAAUUGUAAAAAUCACUCCUUGGGGUUCUUUAAGACAAUUUGAACAUCCUGUAACUGGUGAACAAAUUACAAAAUUUGAAGAUGUUUCAUUUGGAGAUAUUUCAUUUAAUUCAAUCAAUAGUAAUGAUAUUUAUGAUACUUUACCUUCAACUCCUCAAUCUUUAUAUAAUCAACAAAUUCAACAACAACAAAAUCAAAAUCAAAAUCAAAGAAAUUAUUCAUCCCCCAGUAAUCAACAACAACAUAGUAGUACUCAAUUAAGAUUAAGUCCAAGUGAUGAAGUAGAAUCAUAUGUUGUAGAUGGAUAUCAUCAAAUAACUCCACCUCCGCCAUCUAUGCAAGAAAUUCAACAACAUAAUGACCAAAACCAACCACAACAAUCAUCAUCAUCAUUACAACCUCAAUUUGAACAAGAACAAGAGAAUUAUUUCGGAAUGAUGGAUCAACAAAAGGAAGAAUAUGAAUAUAAUGAUGAAUUAGUGCGUCAUUAUAGUGGAGAUGAAGAUGUAAUGAUGUGAAAAUGGUUCAUAUCUAUACUAUCUACACAAUUCAAUUCUUCAUGUUAUUUAUUUAUUCAAAAGUCAAAAUAAAUCUAUUUUGAAAAUAGGUUUAACGGUGAUUAAGUAUUUUGUUCAAGUUUACGUUUACGUUUACGUUUAUUACUUUAGUUUAGUUUAUUACUUUUACAAUUCUGUAUAUUAGUGUGUCAUUAGAAGAAGUUUACGAU